ACUCGCGAUACGCGAUAAAGCGAGUCCCGCGGCCGCCGAGCAGUGAGCACUGACUGAGCAGUGAGUGAAUAGCGCAUCAACAAGUUGCCGCACUUCAAUCGUGAUUAUACUGAAAAUAACACGGCCCGAAAUUCGUCGACCCAAGUCAAAAACUGUUGAAAACAAGUAAUUACUGAUAUAAUCAGGUCGACGAGUGUCGUCAAUUUUUCAAAUUCGACUUAGCGAGAAAGAGAUUUGGUUCCGAUGGCUGGAAACGCCUUUCUGUUGCUAAGACAGCUAGGACCCCGAGCCCUGGGGUCCCAAUGGGCCUCCAGGACCCCUUCGCUGCUUGCUAAGCCCACGGUGACCCGUGUUGUGGCUGCAAGGACAUUCAAAGACGACGCAGGAACAGGAAGGGCGUCAGCAGCUCGAAAUGUGGAAACAGACUCGGCCUCCAGCUCUGACAGCGAUUCGGACAGAAAAGAAAGGGGUACAACCGACUUCUGGCGUCAGAAAAUGAGGACAGUCCACUCAAUUUUCGACCUGAACAAGGACGGCGUCAUCUCUUGGGAUGAUUUCAACAUGCUGGGAGACAGAUUCAUCGAACUUGGUCACCUCACGCCAGAGCAAGAGAUUGAAUUCAGAAAUACCCUGAAAAGCAUCUGGGAGGAGCAGUGGGGUCCAGCUGACCCAUACAACCUUAUUAAUGCCUAUCAGUACCUGGACAACAUGCACCACGUAGUCAACGACAAGUCCCUCAAAAAGAAGGCACACAGAUUCCUGCCGUUCCUGUUCAAGGCCGUUGACAAGGAUAAGAGUGGAGAAAUCUCAGUUGAAGAGUACAAGUUGUUCUUCCGCUGUCUUGGACUCAGGGAUGAGGAGGCAGUGGUGGCAUUCCGCGCAAUUGACUACAACAAUGACGAUCGACUGAGCAUCAAAGAGUUUAUCAAGGUCGGCAGAGAGUUCUUCAGUUCUGAGGACGAGAGAAAGCCCAGCAAGCACUUCUGGGGUCCACUGGUGCAAGACCAUUGAGAACAGUUACUACAAUUUACGUUUCAUUCCUGAUUUUGUUGUGAAUACGUUUAAAGCAUAAAGCCCUAACACUCCUUUAAACCAAUCAAGCUGUAAAUUCUUUGUGAUAGAAACUAGUUGACAUUGCAAUCUAAAAUGCAGCUAUCAUGGCACCAAUCACAUUGGUAUUUUUCAUAUUUUUGUACAUAGGUGGGAAAAUAAAGGUUAAAAACCACCACUUGGAACAAAUACUUGAAAAUUUAA